UUGCAACACUCAUUGCUACUGUUACUAAAUCUUCUGCUUUUCCUCUUCAUAAAUUUCCUCUCUUUCUCUCUUUUCCUUUCAAACCCUUCAACCAUUUCUCAAAGUGAGAGUACCCUUUGAAGAAUUCAACCUUUUUAUGGUCUCAACAUUUUUGUUGAAACUUUCUGAUCAGAAUGACGUUUGAAAGAAACUCUCCGGCAUUGUGCUACAUGAUGCCGCCGUGGUCGUGGAAAUCAAGACCUAUACGUUCUCCUACUGUGCCUUUUUCAGAGAGAAAGAAAUCACCAGCAGCUUCAAUGAAUAAAGAUGAUCUUUUUCAUGUUAUUCAUAAGGUUCCUUCUGGGGAUUCUCCUUAUGUUAAGGCCAAACAGGUUCAGGUAAAUGGAGUUUUUUCAUUUCAUAAGGUUUCUACUUUGAUUGUUUUUCUUUUUCUUUUGGGUUAUGUUUGUUCUUGGUUGGUUUCCUUGAAUUCUUGUAAGGCAAGAAAGUGAUAUUUAUCAGAUUAUUUUCUUUCAGUUUCAGUUUUUUUGUUGUAUGCAAUGAUUGUGAAUCUGAAUUCAUGAGAUGGUAAGAGAAGGAGGGUUAAUUUUGUUUCUUGGUUUUUUGUUCAAUGAAUGUGAAUCUGAAUUCUUUAAUUAUACAGUUGAUAGAUAAAGAUCUAGGUAAAGCAAUUUCCCUUUUCUGGAGAUCCAUUAAUGCUGGAGAUCGUGUCGAGAGUGCCUUGAAGGAUAUGGCUUUAGUUAUGAAGUAAUUGAACCGGUCUGACGAGGCAAUCGAAGCGAUCAUGUCUUUCCGUCACCUCUGCCCUUCUCAUUCUCAGGAAUCUCUUGACAACAUCUUGGUUGAACUCUAUAAGAGGUCAGGAAGGGUUGAUGAAGAGAUAGGCAUGCUUCAUCAAACGUUGAAGCAAAUUGAAGAUGGUAUGACAUAUGUUGGAAGGACAACAAAACAUGCAAGAUCUCAAGGGAAGAAAAUUCAAAUCAGUGCUGAACAAGAGAUAUCAAGGAUACUCGGGAACAUGGCUUGGGCUUACUUGCAAAAAGGCGACUAUAAAACUGCUGAAGAACAUUAUAGAAAAGCACUGUCCUUUGAGGUUGAUAGGAACAAACAGUGCAAUUUGGCAAUAUGUUUGAUGCAAAUGAAAAAGAUUACAGAAGCAAGAAUUCUACUUCAGGCAGUAACCACGGUGACAAAAAACAGAAAGAUGGACGAUUCUUUCGUCAAGUCUUAUGAACGCGCUACACAAAUGCUGCAAGAGAUGGAGUCAACAGGAAAAGGCGAUAAUGAAUUUAAUGAAACUCAAGAGAUUUUCAGGGAGGAAUAUAUCAUCACAAUACUCCACACAGAAUUUGGAGAACUCUGCUGGAAAGAACACUGAUGCAGUUAAAAGUAGGACAGAAAAUAAUUGGUCUUUGACAUAUGCAAGGAGAAUAUUAUAUGAGUCUCUUGAUCCAAUCCGAUCCGAAGAAGGUUCCUCCAUACCAACGUGGAAUUGACAAAUGAAAGGGAUUUUUUCUUUGGAGAGGAGAAGUUAAC